AUCCUGAGAGGCUGCUACUGCUAACUUUACGAUAAUAUGCAAACAGCAGUUUUCAAAGUAUCGCCCAAGUACGCGAGGUUUUAUGCGAUGACGAUGGUCUCGCGACAGCAACGGCGGGAUUUAGCUUUAUUAUAUAAACAUGGCGGACAGGCUAACGCAGCUACAGGAUGCAGUCAAUUCCCUUGCAGAUCAGUUUUGUAACGCUAUCGGCGUCCUGCAACAAUGUGCUCCUCCUGCCUCCUUCAGCAACAUCCAGACGGCUAUCAACAAGGAUCAACCCGCAAACCCAACCGAAGAAUAUGCUCAGCUGUUUGCGGCACUCAUCGCCAGAACAGCCAAAGAUGUAGAUGUGCUCAUCGACUCUCUGCCCAGUGAGGAGUCUACAGCUGCUCUGCAGGCUGCCAGUCUACGACAGCUGGAGGAUGAAAACCAUGAAGCGGCAGCUCGUCUAGAGGAGGUGGUUUACCGCGGUGACAUGUUGCUGGAAAAGAUCCAGAGUGCCCUGGCUGAUAUUGCCCAAUCUCAGCUUCGGACCCGCAAUGGGGCACCCAACCAGACAUCGCCAACAGAAUCCUGACCUGCAUGAUACAAAACUCAGUUUUGAACUCUGUUAUAUUGUGACCUCCAAUUAGAAUCCCACCAACUCAAAACGACUGCCUCACGUCUGAGACUAAAACACUAGAAGCUGACCACUUAAGCACAAGACUCUUUCACAGGUCUGGAUAUACCUAGGAAAAAAUGAGGCAGUGACAAAUAAUUUUUUACCUUUUUUUUUUGCCCUUCAAGUCCUUUGGAUCAGAAAGGGUCAUGUCUGAAACCCAGCUAGAGAGGAAUAGAAGAGUUCUUUCUCAUACAUUGUUUUUGAUUUGGGAUUUUGUUAUUUUCUUUUUUUUCAUGACUGAUCUAAUUUGUUUUGCAAUUUGUAUAUGUAUAGUUAAUGUUUGUCUCUGUAGUUAUGCAGAGUUAUACAGUUAUGUCUCUGUAUGCAUUUGUAGAUAUUUAUGAAUAAAAAGAACAUGCUUGUAA